GGCUUUCCUGGCUAGACUAGACAAUUCCUUUUCUUCGUUUCAGUCAGAAGUUGGCCGUUUGAGCUGUAAGACGUAGACGUCUAGUGUUGCUGCUGCAAUCUUCAUCUCAAGAAUGUAUACAAAGUUGACAGUAGAAUCUAAGGAGAGUGGUUUAGUUAAUAACAUUGUUUUUGUAUCGUCUUCUUUUUUCUGCGGGCCGCUACAUACACCGUGUGUCAGGAAAAAACUUUUGUCGAGUUAAAGUUGGCGUUCCAGUGCUUCUUUUUGAUAUACCUCAACGCUCUAAGCAGCUGCUGUGACACAGCGUCAGUCUUCAGCCGGGUCAAUUUGUGAUAUUAGAAUUAGUGAUACUAGUGACUGUAGCUUAAAAUAGUUAAUACGACGGAAAACGUAAUAGCAACAUCGAGGAUGCAUUUGAUCGAUUCUUUUUCCAACCCCGUAACCGAGCCGCUGCUCCCCGACGACAUAUGGCAAAAGUUCGAGCUUGAUUUCUCGCAACUGCCCGGAUUCAGCGACACCACUGUGAUGCCUCCCGAAGAACACUCCUACUUCCCCAUACUAGACGAAGUGUGGGCCGGCAACCACGACUGCAUGUGGGCCGGCCACUGCGGCAGCCAAGAACACUCCAACGACGAGUUCAGGCACGUGAGCCGGUUGAUCCCCACACCUGGCACCAGUUUGAUGCACCCGCCGCCAGUGCCGACGAUCAAGCGAGAGUGGCGAGGGUCAUCCUGCCAGCAGCAGAGCCUGCUCAAGCCGGCGGUGCGCGCCACCGCCCCCAUGCUCCACACGCCUCCGAUGUCUGACGACGAGGAGGCCAAACACUCGAAACCGACGAGCGUCUUGAAGCUGUUGCGCGACGCAAUCGACGACUGCGAUUUGGACGAAGAGGUGGACCUCUGCAACUACCUCGAAGGCAAAGGGGACGCUGAUAUGGGGCCCAUGUGCACCGUUAAGGAAGAGGAGGAGGACGAGGAUGAAGAGGAAGAGGAUGAAGAGGACGACGAUGAUGAGGAGGACGAGGAUGAGGAGGUGAUUGUCGACAUCAGGCCGGAGCUCAGCAAGAUCAACAUCAAGUCCAAUCAGGCUGCAGCUGAAAGCGAUCACAGCUACCACAAAGGAGGACAGAAUUCCGCAAUGCGGUUGGCGGAGUUUGGCAUAGAUACGCCAUCUGAUUCGGAAGAAGAAAUCGAUGUCGUCUCGGUGGUGGACAAGAUGCAGUUCCAGAACAAAGUAUUCUCGCUGCCGAACAACCCGACCACCAUAGACAGGCAGCACAUCCAGCGAAGAAUGGCCACCGCCAUAUCGAGAAGAAGCGCCGCGACGCAAGGCAUCAAGACCAUCCUACCGAUGAGGAAGCCUGUGAGAAAACCCGUAGAAACGACGCCGCCGACCAAGAGGAGAGCCGCGGCCGAACCGCUGCCGAGAGGGGCCAAAAGGUCCAGACAGUACAGAACGACGACAGUCAACUCGACGCCCUACAAACGACGCGCUUACGGACACAGCAGCGACAGCGAUCAGGAGCCUUCCGAAAAGCGGAACCUCCACAACAAUAUGGAGCGCCAAAGGAGGAUCGAUUUGCGCAACGCCUUCGAAGAUCUGAGAGUCCUCGUGCCUGAGGUGAGCAAGAAGGAGAGGGCUGCUAAAGUGGUGAUCCUGAGGGAAGCGGCUCAGUAUUGCGAUAACUUGACCACCAUUUCGAAUAACCUCCACAGAACUUCCGAGGAGCUGAACAGGAAGCAGGCGUGGCUCAGGUGGCGCGUCUCCGAACUGAGGAGGAAUUUGGCAGCGAAACGAUGAGUAGUUUGAAUUUUUGCUGACGAAAAUAUCCACGGGAAUUUAACACUGUGAUUGAAUUAUUCUGUUUCAUAUAAGAUUUAGAAUGAACGUUCAUUUUAUUUGUUAAUAUUGUAUAGGUUUUUCGAAAAGAUUACGUUUUUUCUUUUGUUAAAGGACAAAUACUUUUUAAUGUUUUAACGUGAUUUGGUGAUGAAAACAAUGUGAUAAACGGCGAAAGUUUUUAUUAUCCAUUCGAUUGGUUUUUGUUUUGUUUUUUCCGAAAAUUGAGGAUCGUUUUAUUUUUAAGCUGCCCAAAACAUUGCGAAGUAUUUGCCAAGGAGCAAUAAUAAUAUAGGUUUUCUUUUAGUAUGUUUUAUAGUAGUUUACUUUGUAUAUUGUACAUUUUCUGUUUUAUUUUUAAACGGUAGUUUCAUACAUAACUGUGUUUUAACACGUGGUUUGUGAAAUUUAUUAUUUCGUCAGAAAUCUAUCUGACCCUUUCGUUCGGUUCGAACAACACGGAUUGUUCGAAGAGAAGAGAUACAUUGCCCAGGAGGUUUUGUCGUUAUAAAUCCAGCAAGAGCUGGAGAUGUUUGGGAGGUGGGAAGACGCCACCAAAAAAAUUAUUCAGCCGAAUAUUUUCGAGUAAUUCACCACCAAAUUAAAAGGUGGGAGUAAAAAAUUGACUGCGAUCAGAGAGCAUCGAUUACAAUGCAUUUUAAGCUUUAUUAAUACUUGUGUUAUGCGAGUUAUAUACUAUUAUUAUUGAGGGGUCAAAACAUUUUACUUUUCUGUAUUUUAAGUGCUUUUACUGUUAGGAUUUUAAAUAUUGUUGAGUUUACACGAGAGAAAUAAUAUUUGGUGUGAUUUUUGUUGUUGCAUCGCGUUAAGUUUUUGGUCCUUACGCGAGCGAAGCCAUCUGAUUGUCUCCCGUGUCUUGAAUAGAAUUAUACGACAAUAUUUAAUCUUCCUCAAGAAUGUUUUCGUGUACAUUGUCGGGACGGUUUUUUCGUCUACAUGUUUACCGAUUGUGAUGUAUAAUAUUUGGUUUAUCAAACUGAAGAGACCGCGCUUGGAUCCGUCUGUGUUGAGAUGGUCAGAUGGCCCGCCGGGGUCCCAGCACAUUGAUUGUGGAUCCGUUCUUUUUGGCUUGCCGAAUCAGGAACGGUGGAUUUUGAAAUGCUCAAUGUGUUUAUAUAUUUUGUUAUUAAAAUAGUGGUGUUUUUUUAGUUUUAGCAUGUUUACUACUUAUAAAUACUGGGAAAUAUGUCUGUGCAUGAACUAUUUGUAUAAUUUUUGUCUUCCUCUGCACAGGCAUUUUGUUGAAUAUAAUAUGAUAAGACGAUUAAGUCGUGAGAUGGAGAGAAUUGUUGUGUUCAUAAUAUUUUACAGUAUUUUAUACUUUUGAUAAAAUAAGAAUAAACCCAAAAAAACUAGAAAAAAUUACCUGAAAAAAAAACAAAAAACGAUCUGUCCUCGAAUCGGCGAACUGCCGGUAAAUAUGGGCCUACAGUUUUCCUUUUUUGCACGACUAAUAAAAAUUAAGGUCGAUCUUCCUAUUCAAAAGUGAUCUUCCUAUUCAAAAGUUUGUCUGUCGUAACUCUUCACUGCCAGAUUAACAAAAAUUUUCAUUUUUGUUACGGCCACGUCUGUUGAACUAAAAUCGAAAGGAACCUUAAUUUUUUUUGUUCGUGCGAGAACUGGAUAAAUUCUCAGCUAUAAAACGUACCUGUGAUGUAACCUCGCUGUCGACCAAAUAUAUAGAAAUAAUGUAAUAGUGAGCAUGACGCACAUUUGAUUUCAACACUGACUUCUUUUCGUCCUAGAAAAUAUAUAACAGGGCAAUUCUCUAAGCUUAGCGACCACCGAGCGAUGCCUCUCACUAUAUUUCGAGUGGUGUUGCCGAUAAGCAAAACAUAGAAAGUAUAUUUCAGCCCUAAGGAUGUUGUAUGGCAAGAUAUCUUUGAGCCGAUGUGAGCCUACAGGGUGAGAGCGGAAAAGCGAAGAUUAUUCGAAAGAAAUGUUGGAGUUUACCAAAAAUUCUCGGGUUUUAUUGAGGCGCUUCAUGAGUUUCCAACAUUUUUCUCCUUCAUUGAAAUCUGGUAAAGUUCGAAAAAUCUUUCGAUAUGUGAAAAUCCAAAGCAACGUUAGGAUUACCGCGUCACCCUGUACGUGUAAAUAUAAUAUAACGUUAUGAGACGUGUAAUCAUUGUUUUUAUUAAUAAUAUUAUAAUAUGCCAUAAUAUCCUUCCUAAUUGAUUGUUAGUACUUAUUUCACAUUCAUUAUUUUCAAAUGUUUCUUUGGUAAAAUUUAUAAGGAUUUCAGUUUGGUUUUUGGUUCCUCAUAAGUUUUACAAAAUAAACUGUUGCUUAAAGAA